AUGAAGCUGCUCCUGUCGAGGACCCUGCUCGGCGACCUGCCCAAACCUGGCGAGCACCCGGACGAGGACGCCCUUGACGAGGUCAUCGACACCACCAUGCCUUCGGCAGCCUCUGGUGGGCCGACUGCCAAGGCCGCCCCUUCAUCACGAGCCGUAAGCGUCGCGGCAUCGCACGCUCGCGAGCACGGACGACCGGACCCGACGGACCUGGGUGCGCACCAGGCUCUGCUUGCCUCGGUCAAGGUGGCCAUUUCCAAUGCCGGGCUCGACGAAGAGCUGGAUUCUGCGCGCGAGCAGCUCAAGCGCAACGCGCACUGGAUAGCCUUCAGGCGCCAGCAUUCGGCGGCGCAGCGCAGGGAUGAUGCCGCGGGCGACGAAGAGAAGAAGAGCGACAAGGACUUGCUGGAGCUUGCCCAGCUCAUGGAGCUCGUCGACCUCGACGACGACAAGAGAGGCGAUGGUGACGACGGCGACAACGACAGCGCUCCGAAGCGGAGGCGCGCGCCUGGAGGCACCGUGGUGCUCUUCGAGGGUGGGUUCAGGAGCGACGAGCGGCGCGCCCAGUUUGAGCGGCUCUCGGCGCUGCUCGACGACCUUAGGGGGCGAGGGCUCGACGAGGAGUUGUACCCGAACCGCCUCUGCCCAGCGCACCUCAGGACGCGCGAAGAAAGAGCGACGGGUACAAGCCCCGUCGACCGACCGUCGACCGUGCCACGGCCGGGAAGCGGAAUCCUCUGUCUGCCUGCUGCGAUCGCCGGCCCCAGCGCCUCAAGCUCUGUUUCGACCUCCGCGUCCGUCGCCUCCGGAUCGGCCGCCUCGAGCUCAUCGACCGGCAUCACCAGCGCCGCCGACCUGUUCCGACUGUCGACUCUGCCCAUGGGCACGAGCCUUUGGACAGUCACGAGCGCCGUCGCGCCAAUGUUAAUGUUCAAGCAGUUGGCGACGGAGGCAUCUGUCGAGGCCAAAGACAUCGAAGUUGCCGGCUGCGUCUCUUGUCUGGAGGUAGUCUCUGUCAAGGUGGAUGACCUCCAGCAGGGCCGGGGCUGGGCGCAUUCGUGCACUGGCGAUCGUGCAGACUUGGAUGUGGGCGACGGUCGCGACAAUUGCUGGAGCAUACGCGUGUACAUCGCGUCUGACCUGCACAAGUUCCCGGCGCUCAGGCAGGCGGUCGGCAACGUCGUCGAGGAGCACUCGCUCGCCGACGUCCUCAAGUCCAUCAAGGCCGGUCCCCUUCACGCGUACGCGGACCUGAUCCCCCCCGCGUACACGCCCUCCGACCAGGACCCGCCGGUGCUUGUUCUACCGAACUCGAGCGCAGCGUGGUUGGCUUUCAACGCCAUUGCUCUCACGCAUAGCCUCACCCCUGGGGCGCAUGCGGAGCUCGAGAGUGGAAGGAACCCAUCGGUGCGGGCCAUGUCCGGGAUCGUGGGCGCGGUGUCGAAGGCCGGGGGUACAUCAACGUGCUCGAGUGUCCGCACCAAGUCCUCGUGGUCCUGA